ACUCCAUAGUGUCAACGCUGCGAGCCUGGGAAGGUCAAUUAUAAACGAUCUAAUCUAUUCACGUCUAAAAACGGUCAACACCAUAAGCUCGUAACCCCAUAACUUUACUCUGUCUGUUUCUAUCUCCGUUCCCUAAGUUCCUAACCCAGUAACCCCACAAAAACUCACAGAUACAGAGACACGGCUCAGAAAUUCUGAGUAAUUGAAACGGAAUGAGUAUCAGAGAUUUAAUUACACGGGUCGACGCGAUUUGCCAGAAGUACGACAAGUACAACGUUGAUAAGCACAAAGAUGCAAUUGUUUCCGGGGACGAUGCUUUUGCUCGUUUAUACACCGUCGUCGAGGCCGACGCCGCAGCAGCCCUCCAGAAAUCAGAGGUGGCUGCCACAGAGAAGAACAGGGCAACUGCCGUUGCUAUGAAUGCGGAGAUUCGACGAACCAAAGCUCGUUUGGUUGAGGAGCUCCCUAAAUUGCAGAGACUUGCUUUUAAAAAGGUCAAAGGGCUUUCAAAAGAAGAGCUUGAGGCUCGAAACGAUUUAGUUUCUGCACUGAAAGAGAAGAUUGAAGCUAUUCCUGAUGGAUCUACCACUAGUGGAACUAAAGAACCUGGUGGUUGGACAGCUUCUGCCUCAUAUACUGGAAUCAAAAUUGACACCACUUCAGAUGGAAGAUUUGAUCGUGAGUACUUUCAACAAACUGAAGAAUCAGAUCGGUUUAGGCAGGAGUAUGAAAUGCGAAGAAUGAAACAGGAUCAAGGUUUGGAUGUUAUAGCUGAAGGAUUGGACACAUUGAAAGACAUGGCACGUGACAUCAAUGAGGAAGUGGACAGACAACUGCCACUAAUGGAUGAAAUAGAUGAUAAGGUUGAUAGAGCAAACGCUGACCUUAAAAACACUAAUGUGAGACUCAAGGAAACUGUAACCCAGCUGAGGUCCAGCCGCAACUUUUGCAUUGAUAUCAUUCUCUUGUGCAUAAUUUUAGGAAUUGCUGCCUAUUUAUACAACGUGUUAAAGUGAUAUGGGUGCCCUGGCAACUACUACCACUGCUUAUCCUGCACUUACUGAAAUAGGGAUUAUCUGUGACUCUCUAGCAUUUCCUGUACAUACAUACAAUGUGCAUCUCUUUUUUGUAUAAUGUUACUGUAAGUGUGAUACUUUCUACUUUCGAGAUCUGUGAGUGGAAGAUGGAGGAGCUUAAGAACUUCUUUAUCAUUAAAUAUUUAUUACUUA